AUGCGUGGCGGGAAGAGAUGGAUGAUUGAUCCCAGUCUUGAGCCUUUAACCACGAUUGAUUACUUAUGCGGAGGUAAUGAGAUUUGUCUGCUUCUUCCCUUCUUGCUUGAUGAACAAGUGGUGUAUAGCUUAAAGAAUGGAUCGUGGAAGAGUCUAACCAUCAAUGGUGAUCUGAUCCCGCACCUUGGCUAUGGCGGCAACUAUGUUCAUCCACAGCAGCAGCGGGACAAUCACAAUAAUUCUCAAAACCAGAGGAGACGUGACUGCUACUGGUUUUAUGCAGAGUCGGGAGUUUGCUUUACUCUUUCGCUCGACAUGACUGAAGAAAGGAUUUGAAUCCACCUUUAUAACCCAACCUCCUCCCCUCCGGCGGCAAAGGAAUGGCUUCGAUCGGGUGUUUUGUGCUGAAGGAUUCACUUCAAACCAUGUUUCACGACUGUAGCGGGGAUUGCGAAAAUUACUCCGUAUGUGCAUGCUGAAACAGGAAGUUGCUGAGUCUUGGAUCAAGAUUGUAUACCUUCACGUCACACGCGUGGAUCGUGGAGAUCUUACAAGUUUGGAAGGAGGAUCGGUACAUCUGCUCGCGAUAGAGUCGCGGAAGUGUGAGCUCUCAGCCUCAUGAGGCAGGAGAAAAGGACGGAGUGUACAUUUUCUCCCCGUCGACGGGAAACAUGGCGAUCGUGUUGAAGUUCAGGGCAGAACGCAUUCGUUCCAAGCGCACAUUUUUACUCCGACCCAAGUUUCGCUUUCUGAUUUCGUGUAGCAGUUGCAGUUGCAGUAGUACUGAUCGUUGUGUACCAUGUCAAUCAUCUUUCGUGUAUGUUUCCCGUCUCAAUAAGGCCAUCGAUGAAUGCACAAGUAGUGUGGUAGGCAGUAGUUAGGACAUGGCCAUUGUUCGUGAUUGGAUGGCGUAUGAUCUCGACUAUGAACCUGAUAGCUAAGUUACCAC